GGGCGAAGAAGUAACAACAAAGAAGAAGAAGAAGAAGAGGGAGGAAGAGGAGGAGGACGAACUGUCAAAAACAUCAUCUGUCAUUCGUCGUCAUAUCUCGUGAUUCAUAUCUGCGAUGUGAUUCUUCGUCUUCUUUUUCCUUUUUCCUUCGUCGUCGUCGCCUUCUUCAGGAUGGAUAAAUUAACGAUCAUCUCGGGAGCUCUGUUCCUGGCAGCUGACGUCUUCGCCGUCGUCAGUCUCGCGAUGCCCGACUGGAUCGUGUCGGAUAUCGGAGGUGACACAAGGCUUGGAUUGCUGUGGACUUGUGAAACAUUGUAUAAUAGGUCUCAGGUGUGUUAUGCACCAUCUCUAGGUGGCGCAUGGCUUGUUACACUGGGUUGUGUUGUGGUCGGAUGCGUUUGCGUCACGGCAACGAUUGUACUCUUGGCGUUAUCACAUUGCCGCAUCAGUGUACAUGUAAUGACAUAUGCUCGAUGGGUUGGAUUCACUGCAAUGGUGCUGUUCUGUCUUGCUGCUGUGGUCUUCCCCAUGGGAUUUUACGUUGAAGAGAUUGGUGGUGAGCCUUACCAGCUUCCUAACAGUUUUCAGGUUGGAUACUCAUACAUAUUCUUUGUGUUGGCACUGUGGAUGACAGUCGUCUCCGAACUGUUCGCUGGAAAGGUUUGCUUACCCCACUUCUGAUCGGAAUUUGUUUUGGGUGAAGGAAACGAUCGAUCUCUCCCAUUUUUUAUUUUUUAGAUAGAAGCAGCUCAGAUAUAUUCCACUUUUUAUCAUUACUUUACUCCUGAUGAUGUAGAUAUGUACUGUACUUAAACUUUUCUAUGAUCUCAUCUUAUCACAAAUUCUUGUGUAUUUUUUAUGUCUCGGUACUAUUUGUAGUUUUCAACGGUUGUCCAUAACUCUUGUUCUGUCUUGUGUAUCAGGUAUGCUGGUUGCAUGAAGCACUGUUAUAGGUACAGGUACUAUUUGCAUUUGUUUAUUGAUUCAUUAGUUUUGUGUGAUUUGCAAUAGGAUUUUGGAUGUUAAACAUAUUUUCUUUUCUUUUAUUAAUUUUUGUAUAAAUAAUUCAUUUCACCUUUUUAAAACAGUAUGUGAGGUAAAGGACAUAUUUUUAAUUACUGCUUCUGUGAUGCUUUGUGAAAUAUUUAUUCUAAACGGAAAGUAAUGUAGAGAGAUUGUCAUAAUGAUACGUUUUUGUUGUAUGAGGCAUGAAAAAAAUACCAUUUCCUUACCCGGGGGAAUAGAAGGAUCAUCUUGCUUUCUACAGAUACUGUUGAUGUUUCAUUAUUGAAAGUUUAGCUAGGUGAACGCUUUAUCUUUGCUAUAAUUCUCAAGAAAAAUUUAGAAAAAAUUCACAAUCCUACAAGACUUGUAAUUUUGAAGUUUUGUAUACUAGUGUGUUCUCUUUACUUAUGAAAAAUGCAGUAUUAUGUAACUGUAAGCAGGUUUUGCAAGUUUUAGGACUUGUAAUAUGUUUAUUAAAACAUCAGCUUAGGGAGUUUCCUUGGCAGCUGGUAUAUUGUUGUGUUACUGUGAUAAUUUGAGUAAAAACAAACUGCUUGUAAGCUUGGGGCUCAGAAACAAUUUCUUGAUGAACCUUCAAAUGUUGAUUCCUAAGUCAAAUUAUUAAUGGAUCUGAUACAUACUCUACACGAGACAUAUGCUAUAAUCUUGAGCUUCUAGUAAAUAAUCACCCAUUGACUAAGAUAUACGUAACUUAACUCUAGAUGUAUGUAAAUGAUUGCACUUGAACGUAUGGUAGAAAGUUCAAGCUUAGUGAGGUGUUUGUAGAUUAUAAAGUGAUUGCUUUAAAUUUAUCCAUCCCAGUAUUUUAGAACAAUGGCGCAGCUAUGGCUAGAGGAUGCAGUUCCAAGUCUGGCUGUCUUUGCCCCAGGUACCGAGGUCUUUGUAAACUACUGUAGGCGUUCAAGGUAAUGGUUAUUGCCGAGCUAUCCUGAGCUUGUUGCGAUUUCUUAAUUUUACUAUAAUUUUCAAUAGUACAUUUGAUUCGGUCUGAUGGUUUUUUAAACUUAUUAGUGGAUAGUUACUUACAAGUGCUCCUCACAUUUUGUUGUACAGUAUACUCAUGCGAGACAUUCAGUGGUCAUUUAAUAUGGUCAUAAAUUAUUACAUACUUUUAUGGAACCAGAGUCAUAAUUGUAGACCCUCAUAGGGUUUGCUAAGAGAACCUUUUCUGAAAUUAUCAGCUGGAAUUGUCAAGUAUUGAUUGUCUGUAAGUUUAAAUGGCUGUUCCAGCCCUUUAUGUAAAGAACGAAGGUUUGUAUGUACUUGUGUUGGAACAAAUCUUUAUUGAUAAUACUAGCACAUGAAAAAAUGUUAGUGCAUUGUAUUUUUAUACACAUAUCACAGAUUUUGAGCAAAUUGUAGUAGUGUACAUGACACUAGACUUAGUGAUGUAUGUCGACGCUUACCUCUCAUCCCCAUAUUUUCCUGUCGUAGGCAUAUAACAUGAAAUUAAAAUACUUAGUAAGCUAUAUAUGUUGGCAGGUAUUUUGCUUACAGGCAGUACGAUUUCUUCUUUAUUAUUAUUUAGUUUAUUUAGAAAAUGUAUUUGUGAAAUAUUUUUUUUUUUAUUAUAAAACUUCUGAAAUUGAUUUUGAAAAAUCUUUGUAUGACUUUGGAGUAUGUACUAAUUUCUAAUAUCUGGACUUUUUGUUUUUAUUUAUAAACUGUGAAUUCUCUUUUAUAAUACGUAUAUGUAAAGCUAUAUGGAAGAAUAUUUUUAUAUGAUUUUUAGUACUUUAGUUUUGUCUUCGAAGUGUGGCUGGUGACUAGAGUUUAUGUGAUAGGAAAUGUCUGGUAAUAUACUCAUUGUAUAUGUUGGAAGGAAUGCACAAAUGACAAAUUAUUUGGAUCAAGAUAUUACUUCUAUCAUAAUUUUAAACUUGAAGAUUUCUUAUUGUUUUUAUUGUAGAAUAAAGCAGUUUGUGGCUUUAUACUCAUGAAGUUAGUGUAACUUUUAAUUCCAAAGACAAUAAAGUUCUAUAACAAAAAAAUA